GUCCAAACAAAGAGAAUGGACCUGAGGAUCAACUAUGCAUGUAAUACUGAGUGAUGAAUGUCAGUGUAUCGCGUAAUCCCAUUUGCUUUCAAGGCGUCUAUGGUUGUAAUUAUUUAUUCAUCCCAUCCCAGGUGACAAGCACUUGCGUCAACACCACUGCAAUAACAAUCUAGGCUCCAUAGUGAUGCCCUACUCAGUACGAUCACUAUGAGGACAGUAAACGCUCCAUAACCUCACACCCAGAUGUGCCUUCCUCCUCUCCAAGUCAAACUUGCCACUGUGCAAUCAAAACAAGAGGUUUUUCUGAGACAAACAACAGAGAGCAGAGUGCAUUCUUGUACGAAGCUCUGCCCACCAUGCAUCCCCUCCCCUACCUAUAUCAGACAGUGUCAUUUUGUUUUUGUGAGGAUACUCUCACUCUCUGUGUUCCAGUCAACACACAUCGUAUGGUGAGACGGUUUCACCGAAGGCAUGUCCAGCUUUUCUUCAGCCAGAGGAAAGGAUGGUUUCAGUCACACAGAAGAGCAGAAGCUGUGUGCUGCUGCUUCUCUCGCUCACCCCAUCAAUCUUUCCCCUUCUGCCCACCUCUAUCCUUCCUGCUCUCACCAUCUCUGUCUGGCCUGCUCUUUCAUUAUCUGUCCUGACAACACCAAAAGCCUUUACCCCUCCUCUUGGUGACACAAACAUAUCAACCGCUUCUUUUACCACUCCUGCAACCCUAAAAUCAUCCACCUCCACCGUCAGCCCAACGUCUUCGUCAGAAGCCUAUACCACAACUCACUCAAAAUCAACGUCAGCUACAUCUACAAUGUCACCCUCCGAGCAAACAUCCCCCAGAUGCCUUCUCAUAUCCUCACCCUCAGCCUACUUGCUACCUCACCCCUGUAAACGUCUGACCUCACCCCUCAAAACUAUAGGACCACCUCUGCACAAAAACCUACCAUGUCAUUUGUCCAAAAUGACUCCUGUGUCUUCUGAAAAGCAUUCUCUUCACACUGUUAAACAAUAUCCUCCCUCCAACUCAACUUCACUUCCAAAAAUGUUGUCAUCUUCCCCUCUACCUCAAACCGCUUCACCCAAGCUUCCCUCUCCUGUUUCGACAUCAUCCCUCUCCACAGCGUUCUUGCCUUUAACCUCUGAAACUUCGCCGUCUCCUCUUGCCAAGACUUCACCCAUCCCUCUCCCCAAAACCCUGACAUCUCCUCCAGAAGCAGCAGCCUCUCGUCAGCCAGUGCCACUUCCGCCUCCCCCUCUCCCCCACACUACAGGUCCAAUGUUUGAGCACCAGCCUUUCAUUGUUAGUUGGAACAUUCCUGAUCUGGUGUGCAACAGGUUCAACAUCACACUAGACAGCUCACCCUUUAAAGGAGUGGCCACACCUGCUAAGGUCCCAGGCCAGUUUCUGUCUCUGUUUUACACAGACCGAUUGGGUCUUUACCCACAUGUAGACCUCACUAGUAGGAAACAGUUCAAUGGUGGCAUCCCUCAGAGAGGUAACCUGAAAGCCAGUAUUAACAAGGCCAGAGCAGAUAUUAACUAUUACAUCCCAUCCAAGACAAGCCGAGGCUUGGCUGUGAUAGACUGGGAGGAAUGGCGCCCCCUAUGGGACAGAAACUGGGGCCCUAAGAGAAUCUACCAGACUUUAUCUGUGGCCCACCUUAUGCAGACAAACCGCUCUCUCACAGUGCAGCAGGCCACAGAGAAAGCAAAACAACAUUUCCAAGUGGCAGCUAAGAGUUUCAUGUCAGGGAUGUUGGCAAUGGGCAGAGCUAUGAGACCCAACUAUCUCUGGGGCUUCUACCUGUUUCCUAACUGCUACAAUUAUGGCUGGGAAAAGCCAGACUACACAGGCCGUUGCUCCAAUGAGGUGAGGAGGCAGAAUGAUGAGCUGCUCUGGCUGUGGGAGUCCAGCACUGCCCUCUACCCCUCUGUCUACCUGCAGGUUUUUCUGGCAGACAAUCCCAGAGCCGCCCUGAUGGUGAGAAACCGUAUCAAGGAAGCUUUGAGAGUAUCUGCCCUGCCAAGAAGGAGUGGCACUGCACCCGUGUUUGCUUACAUGCGACCUGUCUUUGUUGAUCAGAACAGACGUUUCCUCAGCCAGGGAGACUUGGUCAGCACCAUUGGGGAGAGUGCAGCAGUGGGAGUGUCUGGCGCUGUGCUGUGGGGGGCCAGCGCUGACUAUGAUGACCAGACAUCUUGUGCAGCCCUCUCAUCCUACCUCUCCACCACCCUCAACCCUUACAUCACCAAUGUCACCGUAGCCGCCCAGCUCUGCAGCAACUUCCUGUGUCAAGGGAAUGGCCGCUGUGUCCGAAAAAACUACAACUCCAGUCACUACCUCCAUCUAAACCCGGAGAAUUUCAGGAUCCUGCAUGUUCAAAAGCGCUACCUUGUCUUAGGGAGACCCACCCUCACAGACCUAAAGGCUUUGAGCAGGAGGUUUACCUGUCAAUGCUACAAAGGAUUCAUCUGCACUCCCAGGACAUACGGAGAGCUAGCCAAGGCCCUGAUAUUUAGUGUGAAGCAAGGGCUGUACCAAAAGUUUCACACUCUAAAUAAAGCCAUGUUGGACGAUACCCAACAAACCAGUAUUACUAAGGACAAUGUUAAGAACUUCAAAGUUUAGCUUGUAAUCAAAAUGUUUGGUCACAUUUUUCCAGUUUGUUUUUUUUGACCGGAAGUUCUUUUUUUAGGAAACACACCAUUUAGACCAAUACUGUACAUUCAGACCUGGAAACUACCUAGUCAUGCCACAAUCCAGUGCUAGACACUUCAUCUGCAAUAUUAAAAGGGCUCAGGAAGCAUCACCUCAUCUCUAUAAUGCGUCCACACUAUGACCACUGAUAGAAUAUUAAGUAUUCCCACUGGGUAUUUGUAUAUGAUUUGACUGUAUAUGUAAAUAAAUGAAAAGAGACAGGGAGGCAGGAGUGUUGUUGGUUUUGUGUUGAAUUUGCCUGUGACAAUUCACAGAAAAUAGGAUGAGAGUUCUAUUAAAAAUUCAGUCUACA